CGGACUCUGUCUCCAGCGUCUAAAGUGAGAUGACAAACCGGGAGAAACAUCCAACCAGGAUAUAUCCGAACGGACUGAUUUCCAUCCUUUGCGUCCUCGGUCUGGCUAUCUGAGACGAGCCAACUACUUUUACUUUUCUUUUUCUCUCCGUUUUUCUGACGUAUAUCAACAUUAUUUUAUUUUACCUGCUUUCCUUCUCUACAGAGUUUUUUUUUCUCUUUUUCUUUCUCUCUUUGGAGAUAAUAGAGGACUACAUGAAUCAAUUCUUCAGUUUGUUGGAAACUGUGUGAACACUUAUCUUAAACUUCUACAUAGAGUGAAUGCAAAAAGAGCAAAAUAACUUUUUCAUCUAUGGAUUAUAACUCCUAUGGAUUAAUGCAUUGAUGUGUGUGUGAUGGACACAUUCCAUACAUUGCAAAAGUUCCUCAUGGUGUAAAGAUCACAUGACUUAAUCUUGACUUCCAUCUGCCCACUUCCUCGGUCUUAUCGACUGAAAACCCAGUGUUGCAAUGUUUAGUCGCAGAAACAGUCCUUUAUUGUUGGCCAUCACUCUGUAAGGAACCGUUAUCUUCAUCUGUCACCUUCUUCAUCAUCUCCAUCGCCAUGGCAGCUGCCCCUGACACACCCUGCCUCUCAGAGAUUGGUGGACUCCAGACAAAGAACAUCAGCACCAUCUCGGGCACCAGACCCUGCAACCAGAGCACUGUCAGGACCUCGUCCUACUCACCGCCCGCCACCGCAGCCUUCGCUAUUUCCAUCACUUUCAUGAUGAUCGUGACUAUUGUGGGGAACAUCCUGGUCAUCAUCGCCGUGCUGACAUCCAGGUCCCUCAAAGGGGCUCAGAACCUUUUCCUUGUGUCCCUAGCUGCUGCGGAUAUUUUAGUGGCCACCCUCAUCAUUCCGUUUUCAUUAGCCAAUGAGCUGCAGGGAUACUGGGCAUUUAGCACCAUCUGGUGUGAAAUUUACCUGGCGUUGGACGUCCUCUUCUGUACGUCCUCCAUUGUGCACCUGUGCGCUAUAGCACUGGACCGCUACCUGUCAAUUUCUCGACCUGUGUCCUACGCUGCCAUACGUACUCCAUUACGCAUUAAGGCAGCUAUAAUAGUUGUUUGGCUCAUAUCUGCGGUCAUCUCUUUUCCACCUUUGCUCACCCUGGACAAAAGUGAAGGAGGGGAAGAAGUAUGUGAACUAAACAGUGAGACCUGGUAUAUUCUAUACUCCACCAUUGGCUCCUUUUUCGCCCCCUGUGUGAUAAUGAUUCUGGUGUAUGUGAGGAUUUAUCAGAUUGCUAAGCAGCACACACGCUGCCCACCUGGAGAGAAGCAUAAAAAGGUGGCAGGGAAUGUAAGUGUCCCAAAGAGCGAGCCUGCAGGGAAGUUAGCAGAGCAGUCACAGCAGAAUGGAGAUCAAGGGGAUAUAAAUGCUAGCCAACGGGAAAAAGUCCUGACCAAAACGCCUGGCUCAGAUUCCACCCCAUCAUCACUUCAGAAAUGUCCUGAGAACACUGAAAACCAGGACACUCAGCAGUAUCUGAAUUCAAGUGUUGCCCCAGUCCAAAAAUCCAUCUCCUCCACCUCAAUCCCUCAAUGUGACAGCCAAAUCCUCUCAGCUGUUCUGCACAAAGACACCCAGAAAGAGCCUGACAAAGGGAGGGUGGCGCAGACCGACGCUCUCCCUGACAACACCUCCAGCUUCGGGUCUGAGGCUGAGCUGGAAAUGUGCGAGGAAGGUGUUACAGGAGAGGACAGCAAAGACGAAGAAGACGCCAGAAAGGCCGAUGAGCGAAUGUUGGCAUCAUCUCAAAGAAAAGGGUUCAAAGUUCAGGUUCUAAACUUGGCCUGUAGAUACAAGAACACAAUGGCCACGUCAUCAGGAACUAAACUCGUAUCUGAGGAAACCCCAAAGAUUCAGGGGACUCCCAUAUCCCGCCGUAAGGCCAUGGUGAACAGGGAGAAGCGCUUCACUUUUGUCUUGGCCGUGGUAAUGGGAGUUUUUGUGAUUUGCUGGUUCCCCUUCUUCCUCUCUUAUUCUCUUCAAGCCGUCUGCCCAGAUACCUGCAGCAUCCCCAAACCUUUGUUUAAGUUCUUCUUCUGGAUUGGUUACUGUAACUCUUGCCUCAACCCAGUCAUAUACACUAUAUUUAACAAAGAUUUCAGGAGAGCCUUCAAGAGGAUACUUUGCAGGGACACAAAAGGUACAUUUUUCUAGAGUGAGAAUGGAAAGCUGCCUCCAGACAGGAAUAUCAUUUUCUGCAGAUGUGCAAAACUGCAGACGGAACUGGUAUUUCUUUUUCUGUACAUGAUGAGGAAAGGAAAAAAUCUCUGCGGCACAGGACAAAUAAUGUACAUGCACUCUUGUACAUUAAGGAGGAGAUUGCAUUAGUUUUCAGUUCUCCUUGUGCUUCGAUUUGGAUAGCAGAGUCAGUGCAACACGGGCAGAUUUCAGAAAGCCACCAUCAAGCAGCUGAAUCAGUUUUCUUUAAUGUUAUUUAACAAUACAGUGUAAUUGUAUAUACAAUGAUGCAGAAUCAUUUGAUUGCAUUUUACAAUGAAAGUCAAAAGGAUAAGAGGAGUAUAAAACAUAACAAAUGUGUGUGUGUGUGUGUGUGUGUGUGUGUGUGUGUGUGUGUGUGUGUGUGUGUGUGUGGUCCAAGUAUUUAUUAUGUUCCAGGGAUAUGAAUGUUUGUUUCCCGUCACUUGUGGAGACUUCAGUUAGGGCUGGGUAUAUUAUAGGUUCAGUAAUACUCUAGGAAAUGAAUGUAAGUUAAUGUAAGUUCCCCCCAAACACAUAAAAAUAAUUGUGUGGACUUGUGUGAUCAUAUAUGCACGGAAUGGUCGCCUAAGGGUCUUGUCUGAAGAGAACAAAUAUCACUAAGUGUUCUUUAUUGCUGAUAAAAUGGGCACUCAAAGAAUAUGAGAUCUGUGAAAAAGUGCAUAUCUUUCAGUUUGUGUCUUUGCUACCGUUCUUCACUUCUUCCUCUAUCAAAAGCUGUGACUUGGGACUGGUAUACGGUGAUGGAUGAAGUGUUUUCUAUCUGUAUUCUCCAGCCUCUUUGAAGCUUGGGAUGUUACGUCUCUCUCUGGGAUUUGCUCAUUAAGGUGAUAGCCAGAGGCUUCAGUGGGAAAACUAAAGUAAAAAAAAAAA